AUGCAACCCUCUGUGCAGGGCAACGCCGCCGCCGCCGCCUUGCGGGACGGUUACGCCGACCCCGCCGACCAGCUGGAGCCCACGCUGCAGAAUGUGCUGGACCAGACCAGCCUCAAGUGGAUCUUCGUGGGCGGCAAGGGCGGCGUGGGCAAGACGACGUGCUCGUGCAGCCUGGCCACGCAGCUGGCGGGGGUGCGGGACAGCGUGCUCAUCAUCUCCACUGACCCAGCCCACAACCUGUCAGACGCCUUCCGCCAGAAGUUCAGCAAGGCGCCCUCCCUGGUCAACGGCUUCACCAACCUGUAUGCCAUGGAGGUGGACCCCACGCCCGACCUGAGCGAGGUGGAGGGGCUGGGGCUGGAGGAGCAGGGCGGCUUCCUGGCAGACAUCUCCACUUCCAUCCCAGGCAUCGACGAGGCCAUGAGCUUUGCGGAAGUGAUGAAGCAGGUCCAGUCCUUCGACUAUAGCUGCAUCUUCCCCACCACCCUUGAGAAGGGGCUGAACAAGCUGAUGAGCCUGAAGGACAGCUUUGGCGGCAUGGUCAGCCAGGUGUCGCGCAUGCUGGGCCCCACCGCGCCCGGUGGGGACGACAUGGUGGACCAGCUGCUGGGCAAGGUGGACCAGCUCAAGUGCGUGGUGGAGGAGGUGAACGCCCAGUUCAAAAACGACGAGCUGACCACGUUUGUGUGCGUCUGCAUCCCGGAGUUCCUGUCGCUGUACGAGACGGAGCGCCUGAUUCAGGAGCUGGCCAAGUUUGAGAUUGACAGCCGCAACAUCGUGAUCAACCAGGUCAUCUUCCCAGAGGAGGCGGGCAGCAGCCGCCUGCUGGCUGCGCGUGUGCGCAUGCAGCAGAAGUACUUGGACCAGUUUUACGACCUUUACGAGGACUUCCACAUCGUGAAGCUGCCGCUGCUGGAGGAGGAGGUGCGGGGCCCGGAGGCCAUUCGCGCCUUUUCGCAGCACCUGAUGCGGCCGUACCAGCCGCCCGCCGCAGCGCAGCAGGCGGCCGACGGCGGCAGCGCCGGCGGCAGCAACAGCCUACUAGAGGAGCUGCGGCGGCAGGUGGAGGCGCAGCAACAAAAGAUUGCGGAGCUGGAGGCGCAGCUGAAGGCGGCGGGCAAGUAG